AUGAAAUUGAACGGCCUGUUGGAAUUAGCUUUAUUAUGCGUCAAUAGCAUGAAUGUUGCCAAUGCAAAGAUUCACAAGUUGAAAUUGACUAAAGAAGAAUUGACUAAUGAAUUAAAAGAUAUUUCGUUCGAACAACAUUUGGCUCAUUUGGGUGUCAAGUAUUUGAACCAAUACGAAAGAGCCAAUCCUGAAGUGGAAUUUUCUCGUGAACAUCCAUUUUAUAAGAUAAGUUCCGAGAUUGUCUCGAAGAAUGGUGGCCAUGAAGUCCCAUUGAGCAAUUACAUGAAUGCUCAAUAUUUUGCUGAUAUCAAGAUUGGUACCCCACCUCAAAGUUUCAAAGUAGUCUUGGACACUGGGUCUUCUAAUUUAUGGGUCCCAAGUAAAGAAUGUGGGUCAUUAGCAUGUUAUUUGCAUUCUAAAUAUAACCAUGACGAAUCGAGCACGUAUAAGGCCAAUGGUAGUGCAUUUGCCAUCCAAUACGGCUCUGGAUCAUUGGAAGGGUACAUCUCCCAGGACGUAAUGGAAAUUGGUGACUUGAAGAUUACCAAACAAGAUUUUGCUGAAGCCACUAGUGAACCCGGGAUUUCAUUUGCCUUUGGUAAAUUCGAUGGUAUUUUGGGGUUGGCAUAUGACACUAUUGCUGUCAACCGUGUGGUGCCACCUGUAUACAAUGCUAUCAACCAAGGUCUUUUGGAUGAACCUAAAUUUGCAUUUUAUUUGGGAGACGCUUCCAAAUCCAAAGAUAAUGGCGGUGAAGCUGUCUUUGGUGGCAUUGACGAAACUAAAUUUGAAGGUGAUAUUACAUGGCUACCAGUUCGUCGUAAGGCUUAUUGGGAAGUUAAAUUGGAAGGCCUAGGUCUUGGUGAAGAAUACACUGAAUUGGAAAACCACGGUGCUGCUAUUGAUACCGGUACUUCCUUAAUCACAUUACCUUCUGGCCUUGCUGAAAUCAUCAACAGUGAAAUUGGUGCCAAGAAGGGUUGGACUGGCCAAUAUACCAUUGAAUGUGACAAGAGAGCUUCGUUACCAGAUAUGACUUUUACUUUCGAUGGCUACAACUUCACCAUCAGUCCUUACGAUUACACCUUAGAAGUCAGUGGCUCUUGUAUUAGUGCCAUCACUCCAAUGGACUUCCCAGAACCUGUCGGGCCUAUGGCCAUUAUCGGAGACGCCUUCUUGCGUAAGUAUUACAGCGUCUACGACUUGGGCAACGAUGCUGUGGGUCUAGCACCUGCCGUCUAA